AUGGUUGAGCCUCCUGUCUUGGAUGCUUUCAGCAUGUAUUUUACAGGUAGUGGAGCCAGGGAGCAUCAAAGCAAUAAAUGGCAGCUUCUGGCUAAAGCAAGAUGCCUGUCUGUGUUAUCAUUGCAGAACUCCUCGGAUAAAGCGUCCAUCCUGGCCAUCCUCCAGGUCAUCAGCGAUCUGCUUUCCGUUGGCACAGACCGGAGAAUUUAUUAUAUGAUCAGCAAAGGUGGCAGUGAAGCCCUUCUGCAGACUCUGGUAGAUACGGCGAGGUCAGCUUCUCCUGACUCUGACAUCCUCCUGCCUCUCUUCAGGCUGUUGGCCAAAGUUGGCCUAAGAGAUAAGAAGUUUGGACAGAAGGCACUGGAAUCAGAAGCGCUUGAUGUGACCUUGAUUCUGGCCAGAAAAAACCUGUCCCACAGCCAGAACCUUCUCCACUGUCUCUGGGCAUUGCGUGUAUUUGCCUCCAGUGUAACCACAGGAGCCAUGCUGGGAAUUAAUGGAGCGAUGGAACUGCUCUUCAAGGUCAUUUCUCCUUACACCCGGAAGCACACCCGGACAAUCAGGGCAGCCACUGAAGUUUUGGCAGCUUUGCUGAAAUCCAAGUCUAACUGUCGCAGGGCAGUGAACAGAGGCUACGUCACCAGCUUACUCAGGCUUCAUCAGGACUGGCACAGCCACGAUGUGACCAACACCUAUGUGCUGAUCCGCCAUGAGCUCCUGCUCUGCCUCAGGCACAUCGUCACCCUCCGGUCUGGCAGAGAGGCCUUCCUGGCAGCCCAAGGCAUGGAGACUCUCUUCAGCAUUGCACAGACCUGCCUGGAGAACAAGAGCAUGGAACCUGUGAUCUCUGCUGUGAUUCAGAUCCUCAGGCAGUGCUACCCCGAGAGUCCACUCCCCCUGGUCACCACUAGGAGUGCCUAUACCUUCCCAGCUCCUGGAAGCAGCAGCUCGGGGCUUCCACAAGGUCUAGCCGAAGAAGAUUUGGAAGAUGAUGGCGAUGAGGAGAUGGACAAAGACUCAGAUGCGGAGGCUGUGAAAGAAGAUGAUGACUUGGAAACUGAUAUGAAUAAACUGAGUCCUAAUCCUGGUUUUGACCUACCGGAGGAGGAACUGGCACAGUAUGCUGUGAUGUGUCCGGAGCUCUCCUACAACUGUGAGGAACUAGAAUCCAAAUAUGGAGAUGAUUUGAACAUCAAAGCCACUCCGUUUGCCAAUCACCACCACAUUCCAAGUGUUGCCUCUCUAAGACAACAGUGCUUCAACAGAGAGCACAGCUCCUGGGGACAAGAAAGUGAAGACACAGACCAUAUUUCCAUUCUGCACUUGGUGAAGGGAGGGAAGUCCAGCAUACGGCCAUCCUCAAAACAAAGACCUGUAAUGAAUGGGAACCAAAGUAUACCACAAAAUGGCUUUGGGAUAGAUUCUUCUGGACAUGAUGCCUCUGAUGACAGUCAGGCUUCCCUAGAACAGGCUGCUUGGGAUAUAGAAGCCAUUUCUUGCCCAAGGAUAACUGCCUCGUUUUCCAACUCUACUAAGUCAGAAGAAGGCAAUGAAACAGCAGAGAAGCUUCUGCACGCACAUCUCAAGAACACACCAUUCCACGAUCCUCAUCUUUAUAUGGCCAAUGCUAUGAGAACAAGAUCUGCUGUGGGAUUCAAGAUGAUGGCGUUACCUGAUCUCUGGGGGCACUGUCCACCUACCACUGCUCAGCCCAUGCUGGAUCGCAAAUUGGGAGUACAGAGGAUCAAGAUACUUGAGGACGUCCGGAGGCUCCUCCAGCCAAGUGAUGUUAUAAAUAAAGUUGUCUUCAGUUUAGAUGAGCCUUGGCUUUUGCAAGGCCCUGCUUCCAGUUGCUUAAGGUUCCAGUCCAAGUUUGAAUCAGGAAAUCUUCGUAAAGCCAUCCAAGUGCGUGAGUUUGAGUAUGACUUGUUGGUCAAUGCUGAUGUGAAUAGCUCCCAGCACCAACAGUGGUUCUACUUUAAGGUGAGCGGCAUGAGGACCGCUGUCAUUUACCGCUUCAACAUCAUCAACUGUGAGAAACCCAACAGCCAGUUCAACUAUGGGAUGCAGCCGACCCUGUAUUCUGUGAAAGAGGCUCUCCUAGGUCGACCUGCCUGGAUACGGACAGGCUCUGAAAUUUGUUACUACAAAAAUCGCUAUCGACAGAAUGCAGCUGCCGUGGAUGGAGCAUCAGGGAAGCACUAUUACACGCUCACCUUUGCUGUCACCUUCCCACACAAUGAUGAUGCCUGCUACCUGGCCUAUCACUAUCCCUAUACCUACUCCACCCUCAUGACUCAUCUUGAAAUUCUGGAAAGAAGCAUCGAUCCUAGGCAAGUCUACUUCCGGCAGGAUGUUCUCUGCCAGACACUGGGAGGGAAUCCUUGUCCGCUGGUGACUAUCACUGCCUUCCCUGAAUCUAACAGCGCUGAACACCUGGAGCAGUUCCGCUGUCGUCCAUAUCAGGUGAUCACAGCCCGAGUUCACCCUGGAGAGAGCAAUGCCAGCUGGGUGAUGAAGGGAACUUUGGAGUUUCUAGUCAGCAGUGACCCUGUGGCAAAGCUAUUGAGGGAAAACUUCGUGUUCAAGAUCAUCCCUAUGCUUAACCCAGAUGGUGUCAUCAAUGGCAAUCACAGAUGCUCACUGAGAGGAGAGGAUCUCAAUAGACAGUGGCUCAUUCCUCAAGCUCAUCUCCAGCCAACCAUCUACCAUACCAAAGGUCUCCUCCACUACCUGAGCAGCAUUGGCAAGGGACCUGUGGUCUUCUGUGAUUUCCAUGGACACUCCCAAAAGAAGAAUGUAUUCCUUUACGGUUGCAGCAUGAAGGAAACUUUGUGGCAGGCAGGCUGCACUGUGGGUGGCUCUGCCCUCCUGGAGGAUGUCAGCUACAGGAUGCUUCCUAAAAUCCUGGACAAGCUAGCACCAGCAUUCACCAUGAACAGCUGCAGCUUUCUGGUGGAAAAAUCACGAGCCUCCACUGCCCGGGUAGUAGUGUGGAGAGAGCUGGGAGUUUCCAGAAGCUACACCAUGGAGAGCAGUUAUUGUGGCUGCAACCAGGGCCCCUAUCAGGGUCUACAGUUUGGUACCAGAGAACUGGAGGAAAUGGGAGCCAUGUUCUGCUUGGGCCUCCUCGUCAUGGAACUCAGAUCUGCAAGGUGCAGCCAUAAGCUCUUGGCUCGAGCUACAGCUCUGCUGAAUGCAGAUGUUCUGGACCACUACCUCCAGCGAUGCAGCAGCAGCAGCAGCAGCAGCAGCAGAUUCUCAGAGGUAGAUGAUGAGCCAUCAUGUAUGGAAGAGAUCGACUACAGUGCAGACAGCAGCUCAGAUCCAGAACACAACCUCGCUGAGCUGGACCGGCAGAUCCAGGAGUGUGCCUUUAACAAGGAUGAAGAAGAGGGAACAGAGGAAGGGAUAGGGCAGAGAAGAAGAUCUGUCCCAUAG